AUGCCUAUAUCCAAUAGGUACCCAACUGGAGAUGGCGCUGCUCGACAAGCACGACAUCUCUCUAGAAGAUCCAACGUAGUGGACGGCCCAGAAAAAAUCCCGUUCUGUCCACCUUACAUAUCUGAUAAUAAGAGCAGAGCUGUACGGAAAUGUCUACGAAAAGCGGGUCUAGAGAAUGACGUGAGGGUUGUGGAAAUACCUCCAGCGCACCUCUGCACAACUCCCAGCUACGUGGUUUGCCCUUCUGAGAGAGAAGGUGAUUGCAUGGUGUCAGGAGUGAUGUAUCAUACUACGUGCAGGUUGUGCGGUGACGAUUAUAUAGAGGAAACGAGACGUCCACUGUGUAUUAGGGUAAAGGAGCAUUCAGAUGGAGUUGCAAAAUCUAAACUCUCCAGCCCACUCGGAGCACACCGUAGAAUAUGUCAUCCAAAUUCCGAAGUAGAGGUAGAAGUUCGUAUACUAUCCUACGAGUCCGAAAUCAUAGCACGCAGAACGCUAGAGGCCUUUUGGAUAACCGCCAAAAGUCCAAAAAUGAACAAGAAGGAUGAGUGCAUUGCGAUCACAAACGAACUAUCCCCAUAUCAAGGCCUAUGCGGGUUUUGA